AUGUACCCCGAGAACAGCGUUGAUCGAGAUGCGGAAGGGGAAUUCCCUCCAAACAUGGAUCAAGAUUUUUCAUGGUUCAUCUCAUGGAAGCCGCAACUCCCUCCUAAUCUGAUACUUAUAAUCUUCCCUAUUGCCUAUUUCUUAACCGGCUUGCUGGCAUUCGUCACAGAGAUAGUGACUCUUUCUAUCCACUUAGUGCCUUCCUCGCAUGGCACCGGAAUCUGGUUUGGUUUAUUCAGCUUCGUCGCCGGCGCACUCGGCUGUGUUCUAACAGCGAAACGCACCAAAAGCAUGACGGUUCUCUGUCUUGUCACCGACUCACUAGGUAUCUGUGCAUCUGUAAUAGCAGCGGUAUUCGGUAACUUCGGCACCUUUUGGGCCUUUAAAAUCGACCAAGUGACCAUCGCUGAGACACGCAAUGAACAAUUCGCCGUUAUGGCAGCCGGAGUAAUUGCUGUCUGCUUUUAUGUGGUGAACGUGAUUAUCAUCUGUGUUGCAAUGUGUAAAAAGCAUUGA